AUAAAUAAAAUUAAAACUUCUUAUUUGGUUGGGUGUGUCGUCGUCACUACCCUCCCGCAAUCGAAGGUGCCUCUUCGUCGUUCCCAUCCCCAUCUCAGAUUCCAAUUCCUCCGAUUUUCUUCUUCUUCUUCUUCGACAGAUUCUAGGGUUCGGAUUACUUGUUUCGAGUGGAGUCUUUCUUCUUUCAUUUCGUUUAGGGUUUCGGAGAUCCGAAUCUCUGCGUCGACGGGAGCAAUUCGACGUUUUCUUCAGCCGGAAAGAUGUUCUGGCGAAUGGCGGGCUUGUCUACGGCCUCCGCCGUUGAGGCAAUUUUGGACAAAGAUGGUUUCACAUUAGAGGAUCUUCUCGACGAGGAUGAACUCAUUCAAGAAUGCAAGGCCCUCAAUGGCCGUCUCUUAAAUUUCUUGAGAGAAAGAGUCCAAGUUGAACAGCUCAUUAGGUACAUAAUUGAGGAGCCUCCCGAGGAUGUGGAAAACAAGCGAACAUUCAAGUUUCCUUUCAUUGCCUGUGAAAUUUUCACAUGUGAGAUUGAAAUGAUACUGAAAACACUAGUCGAGGAUGAGGAGUUGAUGUUAUUACUUUUUUCGUUUUUGGAAGCUAAAGAAACCCAUAACUCAUUGCUUGCCGGCUACUUCAGCAAGGUUGUCAUUUGUCUGCUGGUGCGGAAGACCAUCCCGUUCAUGCAAUUCAUAAAAGAUCAUCAAGAAAUACUGAAGCAGCUUGUUGAUUUGAUUGGUAUUACAUCUAUAAUGGAGGUUUUAAAACGUCUGGUGGGUACUGAUGAACACCUAUAUGCAAACUACACAAGUGCAAUGCAGUGGGUGGAAGAUACAGAUAUUUUAGAGAUGAUUGUGGACAAGUUUGGCUCCUCCGAUUGUCCCGAGGUACAUGCCAACGUAGCCGAAAUUCUUUGUACUGUAGCAAGAUACGCACCCCCUGGUCUUGCAACAAAACUUUCCAGCCCCAGUUGCACUGGAAGGUUGCUAAAACAUACGUUAGAAGAUUCGCGGCCUAAGUCUGUACUGGUUAAUUCGUUGUCCGUAUGCAUAUCUCUGCUCGAUCCUAAGAGGUUUACAUUGGGGACGUAUCCUAUAUAUGGUCGUCAACUAACCCUUGGAAGCAUGGUACCUAAUCCCGAGACAGUGGAGGGAAUGCUUGGUAGUCUAGGUGAUUUACUCGUGCUUUUGAAUGUAUCAUCUUCUGAGGGUGUUCUGUUAACAACUUAUGGCAAGUUGCAACCACCUCUUGGAAAACACAGAUUAAAGGUUGUAGAGUUUAUUUCAGUCUUACUCACAGUCGGUAGUGAAGCAGCAGAGAAGGAAGUAAUUCGACUUGGAGCGGUGAAAAGAGUCUUGGACUUGUUCUUCGAGUAUCCCUACAAUAACUUCUUGCAUCACCAUGUGGAGAAUGUAAUCCUCUCAUGUUUGGAGAGCAAAAACUCUCAACUUCUUGACCAUCUUCUCAGUGAGUGCAAUCUUAUUGGGAGUAUACUGGAGGCGGAAAAAGACUCCAUACUAACUGCUGCUGAUUCUGAUAAGCCUACAGUCCCUGCGGAGGGUAGAAAGCCACUUAGGAUUGGAAACAUAGGUCAUUUGACUCGUAUCUCAAACAAACUUCUUCAACUAGCUAAUAGCAACGCCGAAAUUCAGUCACAUUUGCAGGAAAAUAGCAAAUGGGUGGAUUGGCACACAGAUGUCCUGUCAAAGCGUAAUACACUGGAAAAUGUCUACUCUUGGGCAUGCGGGAGGCCAAGUUCACUCCAUGAUCGUAAUAGAGAUAGUGAUGAUGAUGAUUACCACGAUAGAGACUAUGAUGUGGCAGCCUUAGCAAACAACUUGAGCCAGGCCUUUAGAUAUGGCAUGUACAGCAAUGAUGACAUGGAAGAGACCCAAGGCUCUAUGGAACGCGAUGAUGAGGAUGUCUACUUUGAUGACGAAUCUGCAGAAGUCGUUAUAUCUUCCUUGCGCCUUGGAGAUGACCAGGAGAGCAGUUCUCUCUUCACAAACUCAAACUGGUUUGCUUUCGAUGAUGAAAAAACUGCGAAUGAAGGCUCAAUGGCUUCCCCUCCACCCAAUGCUGAUGAAGAUGACGAUGAUGAUGAUGAUGUUGUCAUAGGUGAAGCCGAUGAAGACUUCAAGGACACUGUAGACUCUUCCCCGCCUGUUGAUAUGGAAACAGAGGAUUCUACAACAACAAAGAAUCCUUCUGAAAAUCCGAGUGAACCAGAAGCAGAAAAAUCAGCAGCUUGGGUCGAAUGGAGAGAGAAAUCCGAGUCGACUGGGCCUUCUUCAAACCCAGAUGAAGCCACCACAUUGCCCAAUGGUGAGGUACAAAUCGAAAAAGAGGAUGAUGAAGGUGAUGAUACGGAUAAAAAGAGUGCAGAGGAUUCAGCAAUAGCAGGUGCAUGUAGCGAUGAAACUGCAGAGAAGUCACCAGAGGCAGCAAGUGGGGAUGAAAUAGCCGAGGAGUUGAAAGAUUCUGGUCCUGAUGCGUCAGAACUAGCUGCUGCUGAGUCGCAUGAGAAUGCUCAAAGCUCGGAACCUGCAAUCACGCAGGAGACAAAGAAGAGCCAUGAAGAAGAUGUUGCUGCAGAAAUCGAAGAGGCUGUGAAGGAAGAAGAGAAGGUAGUGUGAGCUUUACUCAAAACCGGGACUAAGUAAAACAAAGUUCCUGAAGAUGCUAUAGUUUUGGUUUAAAGGGCAUUUAUCUUUUACGGGUACGAUUUUAUUAUUCUUUUCUUUUCUUUCAUCUCCAAAUCCAGUCCAACAUUCUUGUCGACCAAAUUUGUUACUAGCUUAUCAUUUUUUCUAUAUAGUUUUUUUUUUUUU